GUGUGUUAGUCGCAACAAUGGAUUCUCACCUCUCUGUAUCCAGGACAAUACUUUACCUUGCUAUUUUAGGGUUUGUUUUUCUAUCAGAAAGUAAUGAAAUAUACACACAGCCGAACAAAGUACGGGACUAUCUAUCGAAACAUCGAGUUAAGAGGAAUAAUUCCGAGUCAACAUUAUCGUUCAUCAAAGAUCUAAUGGAGAUCGUAGAAGACUUCAGUAUACUGGCUGAACCGUCUAGCUCCACGAACGAUUCAACAGAAGAAUACAUAGGAAGUGACGAAUAUUAUGAAGAUCUCCAAAAACAUGCCGGGCUUGGUACAAUAUUCUCAAAAACAAAACCCAUAGUUCCUUAUAAGAUGCCAGAUGAGGUAUUCUCCGAUUAUUGGUUUGAUGAGCAGCCAACAACGCCGCAACCAGAGAGCAUGCCAACAAAACGAGGGCGUGCCCACGUAAUGCGAGACACUUGCCAAGAGAUCGGUGAUUAUGAGUUAGUAACCAACGCGAUGAACCAAUACAUGGCGGUAGUCGCUGUCCAUCCAAAUACAUGGGUUUAUACCACUAGAUGUUCUACAGUCAAUACACCGUGCAGAGGAUUAACAAGAUUUGGUAUUAACUCAGCGUGCAAACAAAAGAAGGGAUGGGCCCUUGCGUAUGUGAAGUCGGUUGAAGACGAUCAACCCGUGGGAGAAUAUGACUGGCAAUGGAUUGCUAUUGACCGAGCGUGUAGCUGUGGUAUCUCAUUCUGAUUCAUAUCCACAAAUAAACCUAUUACUCAAAUAUCG